GAGUUAACGCGGAGUGUACACCAAAAGCAAAAACCCAAAAAUCUUUCCCCCAGUCGCUCUCCUCCUCCUCCUCCUUCACGCGGUAUAUCUCUCCCUUCUUUCCUCGAAGAAAAAAGAAACCCUACCUCCCAAUAUUUAUUUACAUUGGAACAAGAAGCCCGAUAAACGAAAAGCAAAAGAGACGUCGAUACAAAGUUCCAGAACCAAAGAAACCAAGAACAUUCGAAGUUGCUAAAGCAGAUGAUGUUGAGAUCGUGUUACAGACCGUUGGAGAGGUGUUUUGGUCGGGUAGCAGGUGGUGGUGGUGAUGGAUUGAUGUGGCAUGCGGAUUUGAAACAACAUGCUUCUGGUGAUUAUUCAAUAGCGGUUGUCCAAGCCAAUUCUAAUUUAGAAGAUCAAAGUCAGGUUUUUACGUCUCCGUCCGCUACUUAUGUUGGUGUUUAUGAUGGUCAUGGUGGUCCCGAAGCUUCCCGGUUUGUUAAUAAACAUAUGUUUCCUUUCAUGCAUAAAUUUGCUAAAGAGCAUGGGGGGUUAUCAGCUGAUGUCAUAAAAAAGGCUUUUAAUGCAACUGAAGAGGAAUUUUGCCAUUUAGUGAAGCGAUCAUUACCUUUGAAGCCGCAGAUUGCUUCAGUUGGAUCAUGUUGUUUGGUUGGUGCAAUUUCAAAUGAUGUGUUAUAUGUUGCAAAUCUCGGGGAUUCUAGGGCAGUUCUUGGCCGAAGAGUUGACGAGGAUAAGAAAAAAACAGUAGUGGCAGAAAGGUUAUCGACUGAUCACAACGUUGCUGUUGAAGAGGUGAGAAAGGAGGUUGAGGCACUUCAUCCUGAUGAUUCACAUAUUGUAGUCUAUACUCGUGGAGUUUGGAGAAUUAAGGGCAUAAUCCAGGUAUCCAGAUCCAUUGGUGAUGUGUAUCUGAAGAAACCAGAGUUUAACAGGGACCCAAUUUAUCAGCAGUUUGGUAACCCUAUUCCUUUGAAACGGCCAGUAAUGACAGCAGAACCUUCCAUUGUUUUUAGAAAGUUGAGGUCAGAAGACUUGUUCCUGAUAUUUGCUUCAGAUGGUCUCUGGGAACAAUUGACCGACGAAGCAGCUGUAGAGAUUGUUUUCAAGAACCCUAGAGCUGGGAUUGCCAAGAGAUUGGUUAGAGCUGCUAUUCAGGAAGCUGCAAAGAAAAGAGAGAUGAGAUAUAAUGACAUUAAGAAAAUUGAAAAGGGAAUACGAAGGCAUUUUCAUGAUGACAUCACUGUGAUUGUAAUUUACCUUGAUCAUCAAAAAGGUUCUUCCAAUGGUAGAUUAAAGAACAAUGCCAUUGGCUGCACCAGCGCUCCAGUCGACAUUUUCUCCCGUGAUGCAGAUCAAGCGGAGGCGGACAUGCUUCAAACAAUUUCUUGAACAAAGAAAAAGAAAAAACCCUCUGAAGGGUCAACACUGACGUCUUGAUUUCUUCAAGGUAAAUUGAGAUGGGUAUAGUAUGCAUAUGGAUGAUGCACAUAAGGAAUUCAAAGUAGAAAAUACAUUUAUGUGGAUAAGGUUUUCAAUGGAUAGCGGGUUCUGGGUAUAUACUCUUGCAAGUGAAGAUCUAACUAUACUUUCUUUCGUUCUAUUACGGAUUGGAUAACUUCUCAGAGAUUGUAGCACUGAUUUUGUGCCUUUUUGUGUUCCAAAUUUUAGAAAUUACAAGUCUUGAUUGAUUGA